UUCAUCCUCUGAGUUUCCUCUGAGUUUCUCUCGUCAUCCUUUUUCUCCUUUUGGGAUCAACCUCAUUUCAUCAGAUCUUCACGGGGGCGAAAUUCUCCGACGAUAGUUUUGUCGAAUAUCUCCAUCGAAUUUGAAAAUGCUUUGUCUUCCGGUGUUGUAAGGGAGGGGCAAAGAGGAUCAAAUUGGUUGAUGAUCUCUGUAACAACGAGCACCUGGGGUUUCAUCGAGCUCUGCCGAUUCGAUUUGACGUCCGGGGAAUCCGUAAUCCAAUGGAUUCGUUGGUUCUGAUGGCGUUGGUGAGUGGGUUGGUUGUUUGGCGAGGGAGAGAUACGGAGGCGUCGAGAAGCUGAGAGAGAGCGAAAAUAGAAAUUAGGGUUUCGAUAUUGGGGGAGUUUUGGAUGGGAAACACAUGCGUCGGCCCGAAUCUGAACGCUAAUGGAUUUCUGCAAUCUGUUAGUAACGCAGUUUGGCGGAAUCAGCAGAAACCAGAGGAAAGUCUCCCGCCGGACAGGAAGGAUGAUCAAAGCAGCCGGAAAACCAGCAAUAACGGCGCGAAUGGCGAGGAUCAGUCACCUCCCGGAGGCGGAUCCUCCGUGGCUCCGGCGCCGGGGUCUGUGCAGAGCACGCCGCCGGAGCCCGUGAAGAUGACGGACGAAGCGAGCAAAAGCGAACAAGGAAGCAAGACGGAGGAGAACAGCGACGCGAACGCGAAGCAGAAGAAAGAGGUUCAGAUGAAGCGAAUUGCAAGUGCUGGUUUACAGAUCGAGUCAGUUUUGGGAAGGAAGACAGAGAAUCUGAAAGACAUUUACAGUGUCGGGAGGAAACUAGGACAAGGACAAUUCGGGACAACGUUUCUGUGUCUGGAGAAGAAAACAGGGAAAGAAUUCGCCUGCAAAACGAUUGCGAAAAGGAAACUGACCACUGCUGAGGACGUGGAAGAUGUAAGACGAGAGAUUCAGAUAAUGCAUCACUUGUCAGGUCAUCAGAAUGUGAUUCAGAUCGUAGGAGCAUAUGAAGAUGCUGUCGCAGUUCAUGUCGUGAUGGAGCUUUGUGCAGGUGGAGAGCUCUUCGACAGGAUUAUACAGAGAGGGCAUUACACUGAAAGGAAAGCUGCUGAACUUGCUAGGGUUAUAGUAGGUGUCAUCGAAGCUUGCCAUUCUCUCGGCGUGAUGCAUCGAGAUCUAAAGCCUGAGAACUUUUUGUUUGUAAAUGGUGAAGAAGAAGCCGCACUCAAGAUGAUAGAUUUCGGUCUCUCUGUCUUUUUCAAACCAGGAGAAACAUUCACUGAUGUAGUUGGAAGCCCUUAUUACGUUGCUCCAGAAGUGUUGCGGAAGCAUUACAGCCAUGAAUGCGAUGUUUGGAGUGCGGGAGUUAUCGUUUAUAUUUUGUUGAGCGGAGUUCCUCCAUUCUGGGACGAAACGGAACAAGGAAUCUUCGAGCAGGUUUUGAAAGGUGAGCUCGACUUUAUAUCAGAACCAUGGCCUAGUGUAUCAGAAAGUGCAAAAGAUUUGGUAAGAAGGAUGCUGAUCAGAGAUCCUAAGAAGAGAAUUACAGCUCAUGAAGUUCUUUGUCAUCCUUGGGUCCGAGUGGACGGUAAUGCUCCCGAUAAACCUCUCCAUUCUGCAGUCUUAAGUCGUUUGAACCAGUUUUCAGCCAUGAACAAGCUCAAGAAAAUUGCUAUCAAGAUCAUUGCAGAUAGCCUCUCGGAGGAAGAAAUAGCAGGACUGAAGCAAAUGUUCAAGAUGAUAGAUACAGACAAUAGCGGGCAUAUCACUCUUCAAGAACUUAAGAAUGGUCUCGAAAGAGUGGGUGCCAACCUUCAAGAUUCAGAAAUCGCAGGUUUAAUGCAAGCGGCGGAUAUAGACAACAGUGGAACCAUAGACUAUGGAGAGUUCAUAGCAGCAAUGGUGAAUCUAAACAAGAUACAGAAAGAAGACCACUUGUUCACUGCCUUCUCCUAUUUCGACAAGGACGGUAGCGGCUAUAUCACCCGGGACGAGCUCCAGCAAGCCUGCAAGCAGUUCGGCUUAGCGGAUUUCCAUUUAGACGACAUAUUACACGAGGUCGACAAGGACAACGAUGGACGAAUAGAUUACAGUGAGUUCGUGGACAUGAUGCAUGACACAGGGUUUGGUAAAAUGGCUUUAAGAACUUGAAAUACCAUCCCAAACGCAGGAUCCUUGAUCCUCUCCAUGGUGUGUCGGACACGGACAUUGCCGGUAUACACACAUACAUAUAUACGAUCGAUCAAACUACUUUAACCUGUAAGUUAAGGUUAACGUUUUGCUCGUUGGAUUGUUUUCUUCGUUUUGUCCGAAACGUUGAUCUCGUGGAUGCGCAUCUGCCGCUGUAAAAAGAUCAGAUCAGGCUAGUUUUACAUGCUGCAGGUUUCUUCGGCAGAGUGUUUCACUGUAACUACAUCUUUGUUCUAGGAAAUGAUCAUAGAGGUUUUUGAAGGAUGAACUGCAACUUUCUCUGUCAUAUAUAUACGUGUAACAUCUCCGAUGCGGUUGCGGAGUAAUCCUAUUAUUUCCCCUGGAUAGAUUUGUUGUUGACGGUUCUGGAUUAUAUGCCCAAUUUACAUGUGUGUGUAAUGUAUAUAUAU